UGGCCUUGAAUGCCUGCAGGGAUGGGGCAUCCACACCUCCUUGGGCAACCUGUUCCAGUGCAUCACCCCCAUCUGGGUGAAAAUGUGUUAUGACCAUGGCAGAGCUUUUAAGUCCCCUUCUGUAUUUAUACGUACACAUACUAGUAGGGAUUUAACACGUUGUUGCUGUGCUACUUAAAAUGCCUCCUGAAUUUAGGCUGCUUCUGGUGGAAAUAAAAAUCCAUGUAUUGUUUUGAUGGAUCUGUAUGUGGAGGAUGUGUGUGCCCGUGUUUGGCACUGGAAGGUUCCAUUAUCGACAUUUGUUGGAGCUGAAGUUGAAGGGCUGUUGUGGGCAAAAGCACAGUGAAACUGGAGCAGAUGCAUCCUAUGUUGGCUUCACCACUAGAUGUCAGUGCACAAACUACAACUCGAGCAAGAUGGACAAAUUGGGAAUCAGUUGAGGAGGAGGAGGAAUGAUAUUCUGUACUCAUAUUUAUGCCUCCUGGGGGUUAAAUUCCCUUAAUAAGGUCCUUGAGAUACAUUUAGUGUCUUCACUGUCAGAAUGUUCCAGGCAGGAAAUGAGGAAUUUCCUGGUGUUGCUUCUAAAGGAAGUUUAGAAGGUGCUUGAUGAUUUGAAGUUCUAUGUUAAAUGACACAAAAAUGUGUGGUUUGUUUUUUAAAUCCUGGGUUUUCGAAUAUAUACACAUUCUCAAUUGCUGUGAAUGGCAUCAGGGUUAGAUAACAGCAAAUCUAACUGAAUCUGUUGGUGUCUCUUUAGGCCUUGAUCCUCACUAAAACUCUUUGAAAUCAAAGUGUCCUAUGCAAAGAGAUGGAUCUCUUGCUGAAUGUUAGCAAAUAUAGGCAAUGAGAAGGGAAUUCCCACCAAAGAAAAACCCAUGCAAAAUCUUUGUGAACAGGUGCUAUCUCAGACCAGCUGUGGGGGCUGCAGGUACACAAAGACAGCACCAUGAUUGCAUGCUGCAGCUCUCUGGAGCGUUGCCACACAGACAUGAGGAUCCAAGAUUGCCACUUCACUUCGUGUUCACAUCUUCUGAAGCGAGUGUUCCCUGUGCUGCUGCUGCUGCAGAGAAACCCUGCCGGCCCCGGCAGCCCCGCGUGCGUCGCACCUCCUCACUGGACACCAUCGUGGGCUCCUACCUGCUGGGGCAGUGGCCACGGGAUGCUGAUGGAGCUUCUGCCUCGUGCAUGAAUGACAAAGCUACCCAGACCCCGGUGUCCUGGCAUGAUGCAGAAGUGGGGAAAGCCAGCUCCAGUGCUCACAAGCGUUCUGCUUCCUGGGGUAGCACAGAUCACCGCAGAGAGAUUGCCAAACUGAAGCAGCAGCUCCAGCGAACAAAGCUAAAUGGCAGAAGUGGCAAAGAAAAGGAGAAGAGCUCCCCGCUGCAGGGGGACCACGCUGUCCUUGGAUCACUCCGGGACUCUCCUUCAGGCUUCCUUUCUUCGUCUCCUCUUCUGAGGCUCAGUCCUUGCUUGCACAGGAGCCUCGAAGGGCUAAACCAGGAACUAGAGGAAGUGUUUGUGAAGGAACAUGGAGAUGAAGAACUUUUGAGGAUCUUGGAUGUCCCAGAUGGCCACAGAGCACCAGCACCUGCACCGAGAAACUCUGGAGAUGCCUCCCUGAUGCUGGAGCCCAGCAGUGGCAGCUGCAGCAGUCUCUCGCUUUCUCCUUCCCCUUCUGUGCCUCUCCGCCUUUCUCCACACACUCCAGUGAGACUGGUGGCAGAAGAACUCUCCUCUGCUGUGGAUGAGGUGCAGUUGGAUCCAAAAGAGAAAGAGGAGGGCAGCCCUUCUCCAGUCCUGGCUUUUGCUUCCUCUCCUCGGCCCAACCACAGCUACAUGUUCAAACGGGAACCUCCUGAGGGAUGUGAGAAAGUCCGGGCCUUUGAAGAAGCUUCCUCCAGCCCUGACCACACCUUUCAGCCUUCCUGCCCAGAUAAGAACAAAGUGCACUUCAACCCCACGGGCUCUGCCUUCUGCCCUGUCAGCCUGGUGAAGCCUCUCUUCCCAAAUGUGGGCUUUCUCUUUAGCAGGGGCUUUCCAGCAUCAUCCAGCCCUGGCACGGGCACGUUUACAUCCUGCCAGCCCUCAGCCCCCACGCCAUUCCUUGGGGCACGGAAGGACGCUGCUGUAGAUAACUUCAGCGACGCCUCCAAGUCGCCUUCGCUCAAUUAUGAACACUGGAAACGUGGGCAGCCAGAGGAGAGCGUCGUCUUCCACAGCUCUCUCGUUGUGUGAAGCUUUUGGGAAAGUUAGCCAGCAACAGCAGCUCUGGCUCCUCAGUGCAUCUCGGCCAUCCCAUGGAGAUCAGUGCCUUGAGGUUGGGACUUGACAGCCAAGGGGCAGCUCUGGGCCUGAAAACCACAGCAGGCUGCCAAGGAUGAAAGCAGCUGUGAAGUACCACGUUCCACAGGACUCCUCGCUGCUGCGGGAGGGGCUCAUUUCCCCGAGCCUCCCCUGUUGAAAGCACUUUCCUGCGUUGAAUUGUCAUUUCCUGUAUGAUUGUUUUGCUGGUGAAGAGCAGCUGGGCACCCCUGCGGUGGGCGGAGCUGCGCUCCCUGCCUCUGCGGUUGAGCCGGGAGGAUUCAGGUGGAGCUUCCCCAGCGCUUCUCAUCCCUGCUGCAGCCGCUGCCUGGGGCUUGCUGAGCUCGGGGAGGUGGGAAGGGGGAGAAGGGUCUCAUAGCACGGCUGCUCCAGGGGCGGGGGAGCAGAAGCUGCUGUUGAUCUGCGUUGGUGUGACACAGACAGCAGCGUUCUCUGCCUGCGCCUCCAUGGAUGCCUUCAGCCCCUGAAAUCCCGGAGCUUUGAGGAGCCCUGAGACAGCUGUGCCGAAUGGGGGGAGCGCGGGUGACCAAAUGCCGCCCUCCGCAGGGGGAGGAAAACUUGCCUUACUGCAAGGAGUGAAGGAGAGAGAUGUUGGCUGCUCAGGAAUUGGCAGAGCUGCCUGCCAGGUGUCCCCAGUGCUUCGGCCACAGUGCGGGAAGGAGGGAUGGGAAACAAACUGCAGUGCUGGGAGGCGCCCAGCCCUGAGCCCACAGAGCUGCACAGCGGGGCUGGGGCUGCCGGGGGGGUUUGGGGUUCGUGGGCUGCAGAGCAGAGAGCAGAGCGAUGGGACGAGGACACGGAUUGUAAAAAGCCUCUUAACAACAGCGUUUGGUUGUGUUCUGUUGCAAAGGCUCUGGGUUGUACUGAAGAAGCCUAUUUUCUUAUAUCUGAUGUAGAAACUCUAUUUUCUUCCAAAGACACUAUUUUUGCAGCUGUUUGAAGUUUGUAUUUUAUGUAUGUAUUGCAAAGCUUAAAGGAGGAACGUUAGAUUCGGCGUUGUGUUUAGAGGGGUUUUUUGCAGAUGCUGGUGUUGACAGUUACGUGGAGAAAAUAAACUAUUUCGUGCAUCCGC